AUGUGCGACUUCGGAAUUCCAUUUGUCUGUAUCCAAUGUGGUACUGAUCAAAACCCAUGUCAUGUUAAGAUAGUCGGUCCCACACUUGGAUUUGGAGUUGGAGUACUCAGCGCUCUAGUAUGUUGGCCAGCCUCGCUCUUCGUCGGCUGCUGCGCGACGGAAGUGGGUAAAAAAAUGUUAGGAGCACCUGUGGAUAUCAAUGGACAGGUCUCAAACGCGAUACCGUUUUAA